AUGGUCUUCAAAUCACCGUACCCAGACGUGGACAUCCCAAAGUCCAACAUCCUCACGUACCUCUUUGGCCCGCCAGCCUCGGCCGCACCGUCACGCGAUCCCCUAUGGUACGAUGCGCGCGACCCUAACACCAACCUGUCUCCCUUCCACUUGCUGCAAUGGGUGCGUCGACUCGGCUCCGGUCUAGGGCGCCUGGGGUUGGGGAAGGAUGAUGUGGUCAUGAUCUGUACGCCCAACCAGAUCCAUGUGCCCGUGGCGUAUCUCGGCAUCGUGGGCGCUGGAUGCAUCUUCAGCGGCGCGAAUCCCGCAUACACUGAGCAGGAGCUCGUUCACCAGAUCACAAACACAACCGCAAAGCUACUGCUCGUACACCCCAAGAUGCUCCCCCUCAUCCUCCCCGCCGCACGGAAAGCAGGUGUUCCCAAAGACCGCAUCUUCCAAUUCUCCGAGACCGCCAAUGAACCCUCCCAAGGGGUGCUCGACUGGCGCGAGAUGAUUGGCACGCCUGAGCAGGGAGACGCCUGGAACUGGCCCGAUCUACCACCGCAAGAGGCCACGAGCACGGUCGCCACGAUCAACUACUCCUCAGGGACCACCGGUUUGCCCAAGGGCGUCUGUGUCUCCCAUUACAACCUGAUUGCCAAUGUCGAACAGACUGUCUUUAUGCGUUAUGCGCACAAGCCCUACUCGUUUGCUGAUCGACCCUUGGAACGUUGGAUUGGCUUCUUGCCGCUCUACCACGCGUACGGUCAGCUGUACACCAUUCUCAUGGCGAUCAAGCUCCAGGUGCCCGUCUACAUCAUGACCGAGUUCCGAUAUGAAGAGUUUCUAGAAGCCAUUGGACGGUACAAAAUCACUAGCCUCCAGAUCGCCCCGCCCAUCCUCGUCAUGCUCAGCAAGAGGCCAGAAACAGCCCGGUACGACCUGCGAAGCGUCAAGGAUGUCCUGUGCGGAGCAGCUCCUCUGUCGCGGGAGCUGCAGAACGAGUGCCAGCGCCGCUUCAACGUGCAGAUCAACCAGGGCUGGGGCAUGACAGAGGUGACUUGCGGCGCCAUCCACGUGCCCGGCGGCAUCAAGGAUGACUCGGGGUCCGUAGGGCAGCUGGACCCCAACUGUGAAUGUCGCCUCGUCGAUGAGGAUGGCAAGGACGUGGCAAAGGGACAGCCGGGCGAGAUGUGGGUUCGCGGUCCCAACAUCUGCCUCCGCUACUGGCGAAACGAGGCGGCGACGAGAGACAGUCUCGACAGCGAGGGAUGGCUCAAGACGGGGGACGUUGCCAUUUGCGAUGACAAGGGAUUCUUCUGGAUUGUCGACCGCAAGAAGGAGUUGAUCAAGGUCAAUGCUCUGCAGGUUGCGCCCGCUGAGCUUGAGGCCGCCCUGCUGGAGAACGAUCACAUUGCGGACGCGGCUGUAGUCGGCAUCACGUUAAACAACAAUGAAUGGCCACGGGCCUACGUCGUGAUCCAGGAGUCUUCCAAGGGCAAUGUCUCGCCCAAGGACAUCCAGGACUGGAUGGCCAAGCGCGUCGCCAAGCACAAGCGUCUGGUGGGCGGCGUGGUCUUUAUCGACGAGGUGCCCAAGCUGGCGAGUGGCAAGAUUCAGAGGAAGACGAUGCGCGAAUGGGCCAAGAGGGACGCCGCCAGCAUGCAGGACGUCCGCGCGAGAUUGUAG